AUGGGACCAAGCUGCCCGAUCUGUUCAAAGCCCAUCAAAGCAAGCAAAAUAAACGAGCACAUCGACUCAGGGUGCGAAGAGUUUCUCGAUUCCUCUCAGGGUAGUCAGACUUUGCCCGCUGAGGGUUUAACGCAAUCUCAAACCAGCCCAUCCAGUUCCAUACCCAGCUUCUUCCAGCCCGCUAGCUCUAGGAAAGCCGCAGCACAAAAGUCGGUUGAGCGGUCGAAUGGCGUAGCCCAUCAUGCACAGCCUUCCAAGGUUGGGUCAGGUAAAAGGCUCUUCUCCCAAGACGAGCCCGAGACACCCACAUCUGGAGGCACUCUGAAGACCCCGACCUCUCCGUCACCUUUGCACGGUAACAACGAUCAUUCAGCGAAGCGUGUCAAACCUUCGAAUGCAUUACAAAAAUCAGCGCCGUUGGCGGAACGCAUGCGGCCACAGACGCUUGACGAAGUGUGUGGACAAGAAUUAGUCGGUAAAAAUGGGGUGUUGCGUGGUCUGAUCGAGCGGGACAGGGUUCCUAGCACGGGGAAAACCACGGUUGCUAGGGUCAUUGCUAACAUGGUGGGAAGUCGAUUCGUUGAAAUCAACAGUACGAGCUCCGGUGUGGCCGAGUGCAAGAAGUUAUUUGCGGAGGCAAGGAAUGAGCUCAGCCUAACGGGGAGAAAGACAAUUAUUUUCUGUGACGAAAUCCAUCGGUUCUCCAAGGCUCAACAGGACGUGUUUCUCGGGCCGGUUGAGAGUGGACAGGUUACGCUGAUAGGUGCUACGACUGAGAACCCGUCUUUCAAGGUCCAGAAUGCUCUCCUAUCACGAUGUCGAACUUUUACGUUGGCCAAGCUUACAGAAAACGACAUCUGUGCUAUACUCAACCGUGCAUUAAGAGUCGAGGGACCUAAUUACUCACCCUCCGCACUGGUUGACGAGGAGCUUGUUAAGUACCUUGCUGCCUUUGCUGAUGGCGAUGCUCGAACAGCCCUGAAUCUAUUAGAGCUGGCGAUGGACCUAUCCCAGAGAGAAAACAUGACUAAAGAGGAGUUGAAGAAAUCUUUAACUCGGACUCUGGUGUAUGAUCGAGCAGGCGAUCAACAUUAUGAUACCAUCUCUGCCUUCCAUAAAUCCAUACGCGGAAGCGACCCCGACGCAUCACUGUAUUAUCUAGCGCGGAUGAUUCAGUCGGGGGAAGAUCCCCUAUAUAUUGCUCGCCGCCUCAUCGUGGUUGCUUCCGAGGAUGUUGGAUUAGCUGAUAACAAUAUGCUAUCACUAGCUACAGCAGCUUACACAGCUGUUGAGAAGAUUGGUCUCCCAGAAGCGCGAAUCAACCUUGCACACGCUACUGUUGCCUUGGCAUUGGCCCCGAAAAGCACCAGAGCUUAUAGGGGGCUGGCUAAUGCAAUGGCAAGCUUAGAAGAGCCAGGGAUAGCGGGGCUACCUAUCCCGAUUCACUUACGAAAUGCUCCAACGAGACUGAUGAAGGAGAUUGGUUAUGGUAAGGAAUAUAAAUAUAACCCCGACUAUAAAGAUGGAAAGGUAGUGCAGGACUACCUUCCCGAGAAGCUCAUUGGAACGACCUUUCUUGAAGACCUCGAUCUUGGAACUCGGAUCGAUCCUGCACUAGAACCAUGA